AUGCGGAGGGAGGGGCCUCCCGUCAACAAGCCAACAAUUGCCCCGGACCCCGUUUUCCUCGCCAGAAUCCCGUUGCUAUCCAUCAACAAAGUGCGAAACGAACCUCGGCUCCUUUGGCAGCUCCGUACGGUACACCAAACCUCGGCCUCCCGCCCCGCGGACCUGGCAACCGGCACGGCUCAGGCGACUACCGAUGUUUUCUGCGCUGUUCUUACUUUAUCGGGGCCCUCCUCCACCGAAAGGGGCAGCCAGCUCCGGGUGGUCGAGCGCCAGAACAAUAACGGCAUUGAGCUUAACGGAGAGGCGACUUCGAGCAAGAUUGGGUCAGGACUACAAGAAGAACGAUACAGCAAGACGGGCCCACCAAACAACAAUGGCGGGAGCUGUGCAAGUCAAAGUCUACAUACGACCACGACGAUUGACGAAGCGAUCUUGACCGCAGAUCAGAGAGUCUGGGAGGCCCUGGCCUCUAAUGGCCUUUAUGGUGACAUCGAUGAGCUUGAUUGGGCCUCUCAGACACACCGCCUACCCAAGCGAUAUCUGGUAUGUGUUUCCGCAUCUCAAAGAGGGAUGUGCCCCGCCAUGAACCGCGGCAUAUUUCAACAAGAAAAGAUGGAGGGGCAAAUGGAAAGGAAGAAAAAAUCUAAAAGGGUCCGUGGGGACAACAGCGGCCAAGUCCCGUUUGACAAUUCCGCUAUCCUUUUUCCAGGAACCACCUCACAAAACACGGUUUAUUGGGCAUGGCCAAUGCCGGCGACCCCCGGGCUGUCGAAGAAACUCCACCGGUCGAACAAGCAAAGUGGGUGCCCCUCCUGGCAGUUCUUCCAUCAUGACGUUGCCGUUUCCAAUGCCUUCCGUCGCCCCGUGUUCACCAGGAAGCUUGAGGAGAGCUGA